UUAUACGUCAACGUCUAUCAUACGGUCUGAUGGAUCUAAAGAAGUUAACAUCAAAUGUGAAGCAAAUACAAGAUGAUGUAUUAAAGGAGAUACUUACGCUUAGUGCUAACACAGAGUAUCUCCGAGGCUACCUCCAUGGAAGCUGUGAUAAAGAGUUAUUCAAGAAGAACGUACCGGUAGUGAGCUACGAUGAUGUUAAGCCUUAUAUCGAACGAGUUGUGAAUGGAGAACCUUCAGAUGUCAUUUCUGGAAAACCCAUUACUCGAUUUCUCUUGAGCUCAGGAACUACUGCAGGGAAACAAAAGAUCUUCCCAGUUAAUAACAAGUUCUUUGAGGACAUGUCAUUUAUCAUUGCUCUACGCUUAUUCGUUAUAUCAAAGCAUUUCGAAGGUGGCCAAAAAGGAAAGGCGUUAACGUUGUUUUUCACCAGGCCGCAGUCUACAACGCCAUGUGGUUUGCCUAUUUCUACUUCGUUUACGGGUUACUUAUUGAGUGACAGUUUCAAGAACCGGCCCUCAAAUUGUUUUACAAGCCCAGACGAAGUGACGUUGUGCCCAGAUAACAAGCAGACUAUGUACUGCCAUCUUCUUUGUGGUCUUCGUCUGAGAGACGAAGUUGUGAAUGUGACUGCUACCUUUGCUUCAUCUUUGGUUGGAGCAAUCACUUUUCUUGAAAGCUACUGGAAAGAAAUGUGUAGCAAUAUCCGGAAUGGUCAUGUUAGCGAGUGGAUCACCGACCUUAGUUGCAGAGACGCUGUUACUAACAUCCUAGGAGGAGGUAACUCCGAAUUAGCAGAUCGGAUUGAAAAAGAAUGCAACACAAAAUCUUGGGAAGGUAUAUUCACACGUCUUUGGCCUAAAGUAAAAUUCAUUCAAAGCACUGUUACAGGACAAAAUUCUCAAUGCAUUCCAAUGUUAGAGUUUUACUCCAACAAUGUGCCUUUGAUCUCCACGGUCUAUGCAUCUUCUGAAACAAUGUUUGGGAUAAAUAUGAAUCCCUUCUGCAAACCACAAGAUGUAUCCUAUACUUUUAUUCCCACCUUAUCCUACUUUGAAUUCAUACUUGCUGACGAAGGAAACAAAGGUGAAAUAGUUGAUCUUGUGAAUGUCAAGAUUGGGUCCUACUAUGAGCCCUUGAUCACAAAUUAUUACGGGUUGCACAGAUAUAGAAUGGGAGAUAUUCUACAAGUGUCUGGAUUUUACAAUGAUGCACCUCAAUUUAGGUUCGUUCGCAGGAAAAAUGUGGCUCUAAGCGUCAGCUUGGAAGUGACAACUGAAGAAGACAUUUUAAAGGCAUUGAAUAAUGCAACACUUGUUCUUAAGAGUUCAGAUUUAGUAUUGAUGGGAUUCACAUGCUAUGCUGAUAUCUCCACUCUUCCAGGUCACUACAUUUUUUACUGGGAACUCAAAUCCAAAACCAUCAGUGACAUUGUUAAACUUGAUAACAAAGUAUUGGUGGAAUGUUGUUGUGUAAUGGAGGAAUCUUUAUGUGCUCUUUAUCGAGAGCUGAGGAGUAAAGAUGGGUCUAUUGGAGCUCUAGAGAUUAGGGUUGUGCAACAGGAAACGUUUAAUUCGCUGAUGGAGCUUGCCAUCUCUCAAGGUGCUUCCCCAUCUCAGUACAAGACUCCUAUUUGCAUCAAUUCUUCUGAAGCCUCAGCUGUUCUUGAAAGCAAUGUCCUAGCUUGCUUUUUCAGUGAUAAAUCCCCAACUCUCUGAUCAGAUAUGUCUAUGUGGAUUAUGUUAACCCACGAAAACAAUUAGAUCAUAUAGUUGAGGAUAAUGAAGGGACAAAGUUGUUCGAUGAGGUGAGUUUUUGUGUUUAUUAAGUGUGUGGUUUGUGUAGUGUCUUCCUUUUCAAUCACUAGGGUACCUGUGCUUUCCGCCAGUUUGUUUGAUGUCCGUAUUCUACGUAUUUGGUUUGGCUGCCAUUCGUAUUUUUACAUAUUUCGUCUGUUUCAAAUUUAUAUUCUAUGUACUUGUUUUUGAGAGUAUUUAAGAUUCAAGACUUCGCAUAUUUUUUUUGUUUGUUUACUGUGUCUGUGGAAAGUAAUAUUAACUCUAAAACCCCGCUCUUAAACAAAACAAAAAAAAACACACUAAAACCCCGCUCAAACGGAGGAUACAUGUAAUAUAUAAAUUUAUUCUUGAAACCAAUGUGAGCAGAAUUAUUUGAACGACACCAAGAUAACAAAAUAUAGUUUUGAAAUGUUCAAAGUUCAAAUCUUAUAUAAUAAAGGAGACUUUGGUCUCUCCUCGUUAAGCCACAUCAGCAUAGAGGGAAUGGCAAAUUCCAACACGUGUCAUCAUAUUUUUUACUCUCAUUUCGAUGCUCCUUUUGGGCCUUGCAGACUGAAUGUUGUGUAUUAUGAUUAUGGAGUUUUAUUCAUAGCAUAUUGUGGCCCGAUAUAUUUUGGCCCACUCCUUACCUUUUUUGUAAUCUUCUCAAGUUAAUGAAUCCGCCGUUAUACAGCUUCACCGUCUGCGCUUCCCAUUGCCCUUUCGUGACGCCGUAACUUUUUGCAAUUAUAUCAAUAACUCAAGCAAUCCCACUACUUAUUCUUCAAUGCAGCUUUCAUUCCAGUUCCAGCUAUUUUCAUACAUUAUAUAUACACAUCUUCUGUGAACCCAAACAAAAUCGUACAUUUUCUGAAUUCAUAGAUCGUGUUCUUCCCAUAGUAAAUGAGAAGGAGAGCUCUUGGCGGCCACUGAUCAGAUGGAUCAUCUAACCAUUCUGAAAUUCGUGUGACUAUACGCCGUUGGGGAUGGAGGAGGAAGUUCUACAGCUCUACGUUGGUUACUUAAAGAAGAUGAUUGCGAUGAGAGGGAGGAUGGAAUACAAGAAUGUAGUUGAACUCAGGAGCAAGGUCUCACAGUGGUUAACUUCGUUGUCUGCUUAACCAAUUUGUUUAAGUCAUCGCAUGGUUAUUGAAGAGAAUGACGAGAUCUUAAAAAGUUUUUGCAGAGAAGACAGUAUUGUUUAUGCGUUAUGUGAAUUUCAAGAAGAAUGUGAUUAUUCUGAUAUCAACAAUAAUCUUAAUUUGAUUGAUGGGAAGGUAUGUGGUUUAUGUUGCCCGAGGCACUGAUCAUUGAUCUGUAUACUCAUUUUAUGGAUAGGGAUGACUUCGGGGAAUUUGAAAAAUUUGCUUUCAGUGAAUAUGGUCAUAGAGUGAAGCAUUGGAUUACCAUAAACGAGCCUUAUGAGUCUAGCCUUGGUGGAUACGACACUGCAGAGAAAGCACCAGGAAGAUGUUCUAAAUACGUCAAUGAGAAAUGCGUUGGAGGUGAUUCUGGACAUGAAGUCUACACCUUAAGUCACAACUUGUUGUUGGCUCAUACUGAAGCUGUGGAAGAGUUUAGGAAAUGUGCAAAGGUGAUAUAUCCUUAAGAACCAAUAUAUAUUAAAGUUUCUAUUGAUCUAACGUGUGGAUUCAUAUCAAAACAGUGCAAAGAUGGGAACAUUGGUAUAGUCCGGAGUCCAAUGUGGUUUGAGCCUUACGAGAAGAAGUCCAGCUCAGAGGAGAUAGUGAAGAGAGCUUUGGAUUUCACUUUAGGCUGGUGAGUGUCUUUAAGAAAAAAUUUAGCGUUUUUGAGUUUGGAUUCUGAUAGUUUCUUGCAGGCAUUUGGAAUCAGUAACACAGGGAGACUACCCUCUGACCAUGAAAGAUAGCGUUGGUGCUAGAUUAUGAUCGUUUACACUGAGCAGAAGAUGAAACUGAAGGGCUCUUAUGAUUUUUUUGGUAUCAGUUACUUCUGCGUUUGUUGCUCAUGUGGACAAUGUUAAUCAAGAGAAACCGAGCUGUGAAUUCUCGCUUCAAAUUACAUUGUAUGCUCUGCUUUUUCUAACCAUUACGUUUGUUUUUGAUGGUUAGUGUUCUUCUUUCUAAUCUUCCCUUUUGUUUUACCUGUAGCACAAAAUCCAGAUGGGUACAAGAUUGGUUCUCAGGUAUAAUUUCUCUUUGUUUUAUCUGAUGAUGUUUCAGCCGGCUACUUCCAAAUAUCCAGUGUGAGCUGAUGGAUUAAGAAAAGUUUUGAAAUACAUCAAAGAGAACUAUAAGGACCCGUAGAUCAUGGUCACUGGGAACGGUAAGCCAUUAGCUAUCUUCUCUCUAUUUUGAACUUGGAAUCUGUUACCUUAGAUUGAUCUGAGUGGUGCAACUCAUUGCAUUUGCAGGGUACAAGGAGACACUUGGUGAGAAAGAUGUACUUCAGGAUGCACUCAGCGACAGUAACAUGAAGUAUUACCAUAUGAGACAUCUCAGGACACUUGGUGGGGCAUUUCGCGACACGUGUCGACAUUUUGUGAUAAUGGUGUUUCUCACGCGUUGAUAUCCCUACGGUUCACGCUCGGUUUGUUCUGUUGCGGUGAAAUGCUGUGUGUUAGAAUUGGGCUUCACUUCUUUUUUAAAAUAAUUGAGCAUGUUUACUAUUUGUGGCCCAUUUGAAUUAGGGAUCUUCAUCGUUCUUCUUACUCCGGCUGAUUCUUCGCCGAACCCACACACCGACGAAACACCACUCCCUUCUCGAGCCAUAACGUCUUCCGGAUUCUUUAAUCCGUCAUUAAAUUGGGCUUCACUAUCUCACUCUUGAAGGUCAGGCUUAUAGUCAAAACAGACCUACUAAUGGACAUUCCUUCCUUGGCAAGGUAUCUCUCCCAGGGACCUCUUUUGUUCCUUAUUCUGAUGCUGGUAUUCUUCACUUCCCCAUGGAGAAACGUGGGGUACAAAACUCGGUUCCUUUUGUUUUCAUUCUAUGAUUACAAAAAUUGAAAUCAAAUCUGUUUAUAAUUUUCAUAUUUAUUAGUUUUAUUUAGUUCAGAACAGUUAUACUAGAUUGUUGUUUUGUUUGAUUUAGAACCAGUUAACUAAAUAUAAUAAAUUUUUUAUUUUGUUUGAUUUUGAUCGUUUUUACUCUAAGGUGUCAACCAUGUGCAUUAUCUUUAUCUAUACGUUUAGAAUUUAAGGAUCUGUGUUAUUUAUACUGACUUCUAUGUAUUAUGAUAUUAACCAUGUUUAGAACAACACCGGCUCUAUCCGCUAAAAAGCGAAAAACAAAACGCAACAUAACAUCUGAUGUCUGCCUAAUAAAAAUAAAAUAAAAGGCUUUAUUGGGUUCUCAUUUACAAUAUAACUUUUGUCAUUAUUGUCCUCAAUAAGAUAUUUUCUUUUUAAUAUUUUUCUAUCCCUUUCACACCAUUUAGAUAUUUUAAUUUCUCAAAAUUACAAAUUUCUAUAUUUAUUAAACCAUUCCGUUUCCAAAUCAGAAACUCAAAUUUACAUACCACAAAUAUAAAAUCACCAAUGCCAUAAAAUCUAUCUUGGUAUAUUCAGCAUUCUUUUUAAGCUCUCAAACAAUGACAUCGUAUCCUUAUGAUAACGGAUCGAUGCUACCGAAUUCUAGAUUUCUGUUGAUCUUCACUUUGUAUCUCUAUGCUUUGUUUACUAUCUCUUAUAAAGUGCUCAAACAAAACAACAAUUAAUCAAUAAUAUAUUAUACUUAUUAACCAUUUUCUUUCUGUUCCAUGCAAUAUCCUCUGAACCCACGUCCUUAUAAAACAAUAACUUUGAACCCAAGCUCCAACAGAUCUAAGAAUUACUUUCACCCCAAUCUCCAGCAAACUACAAUAUUCAUCUUUUCCAUGAACAACUUCAAAAGAGACAAAUAUAUUACUAUCACUAACCAAUACCAAAUGACUCAACCAAAUUCUUAACAACUUAUUAGAUAACAAAAUCUACGAAUCCGGCACAUAGCGCCGGAAUACCCCUAGUAUAAAUAUAUUUUGUACAUCUACAAAGCCAAAGGCAUGAAGUUCUCGCGUAUAAAUAAUUGGGUAGAGAUAUAUAUAUAUAUAUAUAUAAGCCGAGAAGGCACUGAGGCAGACAAUGUUCUCUGAGUCGUCUAAAACAUUGGUUUGCAUAUGAACAUAUCCAUUGAACAAAAAGGAGACAGAAAACUCUAAAAUCAUGUAAACAAUAAACAAUUUAGAAAACGAUGGAAAAUACAAUGACAUAGUUAGACAAGGACAUAAUAACUAAAAAAUAUACUCGGACCACGUAAGUUAUAUAGACUGAAACAUGGAGGAUAAGUUCUUUGAUAGUGACAUUUCGGAGGAGUCCGGU